GUUAUUCGGGAAAUAUCACCGUGUCGUGCUUCGCCGAGCUCACAGAGGAACAGACGCAAAAAAUGGUUCGGGCCAUCGAGGAACAUCUUCCGGAUGUGCGCGUGGCGGGGAACGAGGAGAUCACCUGUCCGGUCUGCUUGGAUGAAAUUGGACGUGAGGACGUGGCCAAAUUACUGCCUUGCAAGCACUACUACCACAGUGUCAGCACGGCUGCCGUUGGGACCAUGACAAGAUCUGCUGCUGUUAUCGCUGCCUCGAUCCUUUUUGCGGCCAUGGAGGCGGCGGCGAACUGGUGGAUCGAAGUGACCCCAGCCAGCACGGCACCCGCAGGGCGCAUGUAUCACGCGGCGGUGUGGGCACCUGGGGCUGACGGCAUCUACGUUUCCGCAGGGAAGGACCGCAGAUUGAUGGACGAUCUGCAUUUCUACGACCGCACUCGCGAGGAGCACACAGCGGUAUGGGCACCUGAGGCCGACGGUUUCUACGUUUUUGGUGGCCAAAGCAAUGGCUACAGGAAUGAGCUGCAUUUUUACGACCGCCAGGCCAACCAGUGGACCGAAGUGACUGCAGCCGGCACAGCGCCCGCAGGGCGCAUGUAUCACGCGGCGGUGUGGGCACCUGGGGCUGACGGCUUCUACGUUUUCGCAGGGAAGGACCGCAGAUUGAUGGACGAUCUGCAUUUCUACGACCGUAAGGCCAACCAGUGGAGCGAUGUGACUCCAGCCGGCACGGCACCCGGCUCUCGCGAGGGGCACACAGCGGUAUGGGCACCUGAGGCCUGA